AUGGAGGCGCAGACGGAAGCUACGAAAAUGCCCGUCGAGCUUGCUCCUGUCCAAUACCAACGGCUCCGCGGUCGUCAACCCAGGCUCAUUCGCACUACCACUGGCAGAUAUACCUUGCUCCCGUUCCUUGGGCACGUCUCACCGCACUGGCUUAUCGAGGUAGACUUCACGGAUGACAGCAUUGGCCGCUACCGAGACUGGGCGAACGACAUGACAGGUACACCUUCUGCCUCGACAUCCGAUGGUAUCCUUCUACCCUCUAUCACCGACGACCUUCGGUUGGGAAAGCAACUCGAACAUGGGAGCUAUAUCUCGCACCUCUGGCAUACGCGACUGGCCUACAACUUCUCCGAAGAUCUGGACACUACAAUGCUAACCCUCCGAUCUGCAUAUACCGUGGCUCAGCUGCUCGACCUCUUUUCUCGGUACCCGUCGUCCUUUCCAUCUGAGUACAUUGACGCCAUUCUGCAGUGGGUUGCAAGGCGCGAAGUAUUCGGUAUCCCAACGAUCUCGCCUUUGCAGCGCUACCUGUCGAGCGAGCUCCGAUCGUGGCUGUCUGUAUCAGUCCAACCGUAUGUUGUGGUGGCCGAAGUCGCUCUACGCUUUGCGGAGCUUCAGCUGUCCGAUUCGGAGGAUGAAGCUUGA